AUGAGAGUAUGUGUGACGUCAUUAGUACUGCUUGCCCCCUGUGAGGGGACGAAGAAUGCAUGACAGUUAGCAUUUCGUCACGCAAUGAGCUGAUUGUCUCGCAUCCAACGUGUCAUUGAUGCCAGGAGAUCUUAGAUACGUCUUCUCUCCAACGGCGGAGGAUGUGUCCAGUCAGAUCGACAUUGACUGUGUGACAGAUGAACAUUUUGGGGGGGUCAGAAAUAGGGUAGGCGGUUACGUAGCAGUUUGGUCUCAAGGGUCGGGUCCCGUGACAGCCUACCCAAAGGGUAUUGGGAUGCAGUUUGGGGGAGAAUUUGAGGGGAGGUAUAAAGCUGGACGUGCACAGUGUAACACGAUGCUGAAGAGACCUGGAACAAACCUUCAAGUAAUUAAAAUUAAAGAAAGACUGUUCACAGGACUCUGUACUAGUCCCGAUCACUCAGCAGGGCGGCCUGGGGAAUCGAAAUCUAGAUCGAGAGGGCUUGACCGCCUACCGCAAACAGCGAGCAAUUCCCCCCCUCUGUUGGAGGAACCUCCACCAAGUUACUUAGUAACCGCCAAACUAAACCAACCACCAACCACCAGCCAUCAUCAUCCUCCCCCCAUCUUAGUUCUUCCGCCCAACCGCCACGCCCUCUUUCUGCUUCCUUUGCUCAAAUCAUAUCUCCUCCCCGCCUUCGCUUUUCUACCCUCCCCACCCUCUCUCCCCCAAGGCGCGUCACUACCUACUCUAGUAGUUCCGGGCAUUUGCAGUGCAAUCCUCGUGGCUCCUUGGGUCGUCUCCCACAGCGCGCCAGCUUCUCUUCUGCCUUAAAUGCUAGGCUGAGGUCCUGAAGCUGAUAUCUAGACUCAUCAUCGCUGCCUUAAAGCUUAGCCGCCCACCGCUCAUCGCGCGGUCACUCAUUUUAUCCUUGAGACGUUGAGACCUGUGCUCAAGGCUCGAACUCGACUAUCCAUAGCUCGCAGAAUGCCUGCUCUUAUCCCCCAAAUCCCUCACAAGGAUGAUCUGGAUGAAACGUGAGUCCUUUUAAGCCGGGCGGCCGCUCUUGUCAGAAGGAAUCAUAUAGCGGCUUUGGUCGGGACCUUGGCUGAUGGUGUGC